AUGAAAAACAUAAAUAAUAAUCAUAAUAAUAAUAUUCAUAAUAAUAAUAAUAAUAAUAUUUUUAAUAGUGUAGAUUAUAUUUCAAAAGAAUUAUAUCUCUUAAUAAAAAACUUUAUAGAUGAUAAUAAAAAUCUUUGUUCUUAUUAUAAUAAAGAAUUUAUUUUAAAAAGAUGGUGUUUAAAAUUUUUAAAAAGAUGGUGUUUAAAAUUUUUAUAUACAUUAAUAUAUAAAAUUAAAGAUAAUAAUUUGUUUGUUGAUAUAUUUAAUAUAUGUUCCAAACUAAUAAUAAGAGAGAAUGAGAUGAAUUGUGUGAGUUGUAUUAAAAUAAUAAAUUUAAUUAUUGAAGAAAAUAAAAGUAAUUUGAAUAUAUUUGAUAUAGAUACUUAUAUAAAUGUUAUAUGUCUAUCUAUAUUGAAUAGUUUUUAUAAAAGAAUAAUUUAUAAAGUAAAGAAAGGAAACUAUCUGAAAUCUUCAAUUAGUAUAUAUAAGAAAAGAACAAGAAAAAAACAAAAUAAAAAAAAUAUAAAUAAUAUAAAUAAUAUAAAUAAUAUAAAUAAUAAUAUAAUUAAUUUUGAAAAAGAAAAAUGUAACAGAUAUAUUUUAAAUAGUACGUAUUCUAUCAAUGUAAUUAAAGAAAUAAUUUCAUCUGUUCUUUUUAUAAUAGAUAUAAAUCCGAAUGUUUUAAAUAAUAUUAGAAAAUAUUUAAAUAUAUUAUGUAAAAUAUUAUCUAUAAUUAAUAUAUAUGAUUUUAAAAUUGAAUCUUCCUUUUUUAUUGAGACUAUUGUUGAAUCGAAUAAUUAUAAUACACAUAAUAAAAAUAAUACAAGUCAAAGGAAUAAUAAAUCCAAUCUGCAUAUUAUUAAAAACGUUUUUUAUUAUCAAUAUAUAAACAAGUGUGCUACAUCAGAAAAUACAAAGUAUAGUAAAACUAACCAUUUAAUUAUAACUUCAAAAAUAGACAACAAUAAAUGUUCUCAUUUUAUAUGUGAUAAUAAAAGGGGUCAAUCUCAUAUAAAUAAUAAGGUUCAUCUUGAUGGCUAUGAUAAUACAUAUAUGUUAAACAAAGUAGAAUAUUAUAAUAAUAAUAAUAAUAAUAAUAAUAAUGUGAAUGAUUGUAUUUGUUGGGAGUUAAAAGAUAUUAAUAGACAAGAAGAUGAUAAGAAUGACAAUAUGAAUGACAGAAUAAAUGAUAAUAUGAAUGACAAAAUAAAUGAUAAUAUGAAUGACCAUAUUAAUAAUAAUAUGAAUGACCACAUUAAUUAUAAUAUGAAUGACCACAUUAAUAAUAAUAUGAAUGACAAUAUUAAGGAUCAUCUUAAAAAUAAUUCAAACGAUUUAAAUAAUAAUUCAUAUAGUAACAAAAUAUUUUAUAAUAAUAAUUUUUUUUUAUAUAAUGAGAAAUAUAAAUCGUAUGAUCUUAAAAAUAUUAUAAAUAUAAUAUGUUGUAAAAAAAAAAAAUUUUGUAAACAUAUUAAUUAUGACAUGUAUGACAUUGAUAUAAAGAAACAUAUGGAUUUAUUAAAUUUACAGAAUGGUCUUAUUUAUAUGAUUUGUUUUUUAUUAAUUAAAGAUAAUAAAAAAAAUGAAUAUUGUCAUUAUAAAGAGUUUGUAAUAAAAAAAGUUAUUCAUCUUUUAAUAAAUAAUAAGCAUGAUUAUAUUAUUGAUAAGAAAAAAGAAUUUAUUGAGAAUAUCCGUUUAUUUUUACAUACCAUUUUUGAUGAGCAAAUGAAAUAUUAUAUUUCAUUUUUUUUAAAUCCGUUUAUAUAUAAUAAAAGGAACUAUAUAUAUAUAAAUAAACAAAGUUUAUUAAAUAUAGAUAUAUUUUCUUUAAUUCAUGAUAUGAUAUUAUAUUAUAAAAAUAAAAAUGUUUGGAAUUAUCAUACAAUUAAUAUAUGCAUAAGUAAUUUUGUAGAUGUACUUAUGAAUAAAAAAACUAAUAUAUAUAUUCAAAAUAUUUGUAUAAAUAUGUUUGUAUAUAUAAUUAAUAUAUUAUUUAUGAUAAAGAAGAGGAGUGCAAACUUCUUCUCCUUAUAUUUUUAUAUAUUCAAUAUUUUGAUGAAUAAGUGUGAGUCUUUAAAAGAAGAAAUUUAUAAUAACAUAUAUAAACGCAUCAAAAAGGUAGGAAGAAUAAGAAAUAUGAACAACAAAAAGAAGAAGAAGAAAAAGAUGAAGAAAAAAAAUACAUAUUAUUAUAAUAAUCAUACAAAAAAAAUAUAUAUGUUUAAUAAUUAUUAUAGUGAUAAUACUUAUGAUACUAAUCCAUAUAUAAAACAGACUAAAAUAAAAAAAAAAAUAUAUAAAAAUGAGCAUACUAUUUUUAGUAAUAAUAUGAAGUAUUUAUCUCUAACACAUGAGGAAAAUUUUGGUUAUUCAGAAUAUAUUUUUAGUUUAAAAAAAAAUAAUAAAAAGUAUAUAAACAAUAAUAAUAAUUUUUAUAUUGUUAAAAAGAGAAAUAAUAAAAAAAUAUAUCAUAAAAUUAAUAUGUAUAAUAUCUAUCAUAUGUUAAUAGAAUAUAAAUAUAUUUUAUAUGCUCUUCAGGUGUGCAUUAAAUAUAAUAUAUUUUAUAUUUAUAUAUAUUUUAAUCAAGAUAUUAUAAAGACUAAUACCUCGAAUGAUUCAUUACAACAAGGAGAUGAUAUAAAAAAUUAUGUUUCAAGAAAUGAUAAUACGACUAAAAAGCACAAAAUAAAAAAUGAUGAAAAUAAAAAUUAUCCUUUUAAUAAUACAAAUUAUAAAUUUAAUAUUAAAAAGAUGAUGAAGAGGACUAAAAAGAAUUCUGAACAGUCUCAUAAUACAUGUAAUAUUACAAGAGUGCACAAUAAAAAUAAUAAUAAUAUACAUAAAACAAUUAAGAAGGCAAGAAAUAGUAAGGCAAAUAAUAUAAAUACAAAUCUUCAAUUAAUUAAUAAAAAUAAAAAUAAUAAAAUUAAUACAAUUGAUACUGUAAAUAGUUCAAGUGUAGGUCUGAAUUCUUAUUUUCAAAAUUAUGAAAUCAAAAAUAAUAAUUCACAAGGUGAUGAACAAAUUGAUGCAACAUUCAACAAAUCUGAAAAUCCAUUUUAUAUUUCUAAUAAUAUAUCCAGUGAAGGUUAUAACUCUUUAUAUCAAAAAGAAAAAAUAAAUAUACAAAAUGAGAGUAUUAAAAAAUUCGAUCAUCUACAUAUAGAUAAGGAAGAAUAUAUGUUUAAUAAUAAUAAGAAUGAACCAAAUAAUAUAAAUAAAAAUGUAUGUUAUAAAAAAUAUUUUAAGGAUAAAAAAGAAGAUAUAUAUAAACCAUAUAACUUUUUUAAUAAUAGUAAUAAUUUUUUUAUUAAUAAUAAUUUGGUUAUAAACGAUUUAAAUUAUUAUGUAAAUUAUUAUAAUAAGCAAAACGACGACAAAUUAAAUAAUAUUAUAAAUUCUAAUGAUUUAAAUAAUACACACUCUUCAAACAUAUCACCACUCUUCCUUCAUUGUGAUAAUAUUGAUCCUUUUGAUGAUAAAGAGAAAAUUUUUGAUACAAAAAAAAAGAAAAUACAUAAUGAUAUAAAUAUAUAUAAUAAUGACAAAAGAGAUGAAAAUAAAAUAAUGAAAGGAAUUAUAUCUGACAUAAGUAUAUGUAAUAAUAUGAAUGUAAAUAAUUCUGAAGAUAUAUCUAUUAAUGAUAAUGAAAAUAAUAUAAAUAAUAAAUUUUUAAAUGAUAUGAAUAGUAAUAUUUCAAUGAUGCAUAAAUUAUAUGGUAAAAUAGAUCUACAUAAUGAUAAUAAAAAUAUUGAAGGAGAAAAAAAAUGUAUUAAUGAUGAUGAAUAUUUUGAAGAUAUGCAUAAUAUAAAAGAUAUCAAUAUAAAUAUUUCAAAGAAAUUAUUUCUCUUUUCUUAUGAUUUGAAAGAUAUAUGGAUAAAGAAAAUAUACAAAAUGUUUUAUAAUAUGAUUAUUUGUUUAAUAUUGUAUCAUCAGUCUUUUUGUUAUAUAACAAUGAAUAUUUUUAGAAAGAAAUAUUUUAAAGAUGGCAAGAAUAUUUGUUGUUCUAAUGUGAAUAUAACAUAUGGGCCCAAUAAAAGUGAUCAUAAUAAUAAUAAUAAUAAUAUUAAUAAUAAUAAUAAUAAUAAUAAUGAUAAUCUUUUUUGUGUGAAUCAUAAUAAAAAUAUUAAUAUGCAUAAUAAACAUAGUAUACCAUUUAUUGAACCAAAUGAUGACAACUUAAAAAUUAAAAGACAAAAGAUGAAAAACCAAAUGAAAAGCAAAUUAUAUGAAUACUUUCACCAUAUUAAAGAAGAAGAAAAAAUUUUAUUUUAUAUGUGUGGAGAUAUAAUUAUAUAUCUAAGUCGAAAUAAUUUUUACGAUUUUAUAAAUUAUUCUAUUGAUGUUUUAUACAAAUUAUUAUUCCAAUAUCCGCAAAUUUUUUAUAUCUUUCAUUUGCUAGUAUCUUUAAAACACACCAGUGUUAUAUUUUCAAAAGUAUGUUUAAAUUAUAUAAUAAAAAAAUUUAAAAAUUAUUUACAUAUAAAAAAUAAAUUGAAUCCACUACUUUAUUAUAAUGAUGAUGUUAGAAUAAAAAUGGAAGAAGAUAUAUAUAAAAAUAUUUUUAAAUAUAAAUAUAUGUCUCCAUAUGAGGGCUUAUUAAAUACAAGUAGUUUUUCUGAGGAUACAACAUAUAAUAUAAUUCAUUCAAAUAAUAAAAUAAAAGAUUAUGAUAAUAUUUGUUAUAGGGAAAAAAAAAAAAAAAAAAUUUAUGAUGAUACAUAUGAAAUUGAUGAUGUAAAUGUCUUAACACAUUGUAAUGAGAAAAAAAUAAUGCUGACAUAUAAUAAUAUUGAACAUUUUUAUUAUAAUAAUAAAAAGACAUAUAAAAAAAUUAAUAGGAAUAAAAGAAUUUUGUUAUUACCAUUCUCAAAAUAUGCACACAUAUCAAAAAAUUAUUUUUAUAAAAAGAAAUUUAAUCAAUGUAAUACAAAUAUGAAACAUAGAGACAAAUAUAUUAAAAUAAAUAAAUCCAAAAAAAAAAAUUAUGAACACCCACUUUUGUGUGGUGACUAUUUUGAUUUUUCUAUUUUUGAAGAAUAUAUUAUUAAAAAAGAAAUUAAAAGAGAAAAUGGAAAAGAACUUAUAUAUCCAUAUAAUGAAUUACAUAAUCUUUAUUUCGAUCGAUCAUUUAAUGAGGACAACUUGAAAGAACUAAAAAUUAAAGAUAAUGAAUAUGUAGAUAAAAAAGAUAAAUGGAUGGAUAACAUGAUGAUUAAUUUAAAAGAAAUAAAAAAAAAAAGAAAUAAAAAUUUUUUCUUUCAUGAUUUAUCAAAGCGUGAUUUUUUGAAAUCCAAAAAUUUUGUCUUAAAGAAAAAAAAAAAUAUUCACAUUAAUGAUUUAUUUAAUGAUCAAGUAUGUAGUUUAAAUGUAGGUAAUAAUAAAAAAAUAAUAAAUAAUAAUAAAUUAUCAUACAUAAAAUUGAAGAAAUAUAAAUUAACACAUUUUUGUUCAGAUGAUGAAUAUAUUAGAAAUAGAAAUAAUAAUUUAGAUAAUUGCUAUAAUAAAAAAAAUAAAUAUAUUUUUCACCCAUUUUGUAAGAAUUAUAAUGAUGUUGAUGAAAAUAUGCUUUCAUAUAAGUCGAAUUUCUUUUAUAAUACUUAUAAUAUAUAUUGGUCAUAUAACCAAUUAAAUAUUAGAAUGAUUUAUUUUUUUUUAAAUUACAUAAAAUUUUAUCAAUAUGAAAAUAUUAAUGUUUUGAAAGAGCUAGAUAUUAUAGGUAAAAUAUGUUUAGAUUUAAUAUUAAAGGAUUAUAAGUGUAUCGAAUUAGUUAAUUUAUUAAAAUAUAUAUUUCAAACUAUAUGUUAUAUAAAUGUUUCCAUUGAUUCAAUGAAAAAGGAAAAAGCGAUAAAAGAAGGUGAUAAUCACAAAAUGAAACAAAAAAUUAUAUAUGGUGAAUAUUAUAAUAUAAAUAAUACAGAAUAUAAGAAUAAAAAAUUUGAACCCUCUUUAUUUGUAGAAAAUUAUUUGAAAAAUUCAAAUGAUAAGAAGAUCCAAGAUAUAAAUAAUACUAAUAAUCAAACCAACAGUGAUGAUAUAUCAAAUUUGAAUGAUAACAAUAUUAAUUGUGAUAAUUAUAAUAGUUUAUAUUAUAGCAAUAAAAAUGUAUACAGCAAUAUAAGCAAUUCGUUCAAUAUUUAUGGUAUUAACGAAAAAUUUGAACAAGAAAAAUGUACUAUUAAAAAUGACAAUUCUUUUGAUACGAAUAAAGAAAGUUAUAACCCUAAUAUAUGUAAUGAAAAAGAUAUUUAUUCUUAUAGUAGUAAUAAUAAUGAUGAUAAAAAUAUAUUAUAUAUGAACAAAAGCUAUAUAACAUAUUAUUUCUUAAAAUGGUUUGAAAAUAUUCAUUUUGAAUUACCAAAAUUAGUGAGAACAUUAUUGUGUGAAUUAUGUUUACAGUUGCCAAUAAAUUAUUUUUUAAAAGAUCAUUUUAAUAUUUAUGUAAAAUCUUUAUUAGUUUGUUUAAAAUCCAAGAACCUGCACAUUAUAAGUGUUGCAUUAAAAUGUAUCGAACAAAUUAUGUGUGAUACAAAUAAUAAUAGUUUAAAGGGUAUUAUUUGUUCCUCCAUAUUUUUUGAUAAUAAAAAUAAAAAGAAAUCCUACAUUAUUACAAAAUUAUUGAAUUUGUUGAGAAAAAAUGAGAAAUACUAUACAUCACAUCAAUAUGAUUUUAAUAAAAUAUAUUAUGAAAAAAAAAAUAAUUUACUACAAUACUUUUAUCAUGAUAAUAUAAUAUUUGAAAAGGAAAUAAAUUUAUUUCCAUAUAAUUUUAUACAUCCAUAUUAUGAAAUUAUUUUACCUGAACAAGCAAGGAAAAAAAAAAAUAUUUUACAAAUAAAUUCUGAACAUGUUAAUAAUUUUUAUAAAAUUUUAAGAAUAUGUGAAAAUUUUAUUGGACAGCAUGGAACUUUGAAUAAUAAUUUUAAGGAAAUGGAUUAUAACAAUUUUGGAGGAUCUAUUAUAAGGGUAGGAUUUUUAUUAAAAAAGGAAACAAUUAUAAAUAAAGGUAAUAAUGAAAUUGAAGAUAGAAAAAGAAAAAAUAUCACUGAUAAUUAUAGUGAAUUUGAUGGAAUGAGUAAGUAUGAUGAGAAUACAAUAAUAGUUGAUGCAGAGAAGAAAGAAAAAACAUAUGCUAAUGAAUACAUAAAAGAUAAUAAUAAUAAUAAUAAUAAUAAUUAUUAUUAUUAUUAUAAUUAUAAUAAUUUAAAUAUAAAUGGUUUGAAUCAUAAUAAUAUUAUUAAUAACAAUUCAUAUGAAUUUUAUAGUACAUCUAGAGAUGAUAAACCUACCUUUAAUGAUAAUCAUUUUGAAUAUACUAUACAACACAUGAACUUAGAAGAGACACUAAAUUAUUGUUAUAAGAUAUUAAAACGUUUUAUGAAGAAUAAUAAAAGUAAAUAUUUAUAUUAUAAUGACGAUUAUAAAAUGAAUAUAUUAAAAAAUAAUGGAGCUAGUUGUUUGAUGAAUGAAAUGGUACAUGAAAAGAUAUAUAGUCCUAUUAAAAUAAAAAAAGCUUUACGAAAUAAGAAGAAUGCACCAUGUAUUUUUAAUUUUAAUAAUUGUAAUGUUUUAAAAAAGAGAAGGCUUAAUAAUGAUGAGAUUAAUAAUACGAGACAAAAUAAAAAAUUAAAAGAUAGCACAAUGAAUAAUAAUGAUAAUAUUAAUAAUAAUAUUAAUUAUGAUAUGUAUGAUGAAGGUGCAGUUCAUAUAGCACAUGAAAAUAUUCUUGGAGAACAAAAUUGUUGCGAAAAAGAAAGAAAAAAUAAUGACCAACAUAGUCAUAAUAAUAAUAAUAAUAAUAAUAAGGCUUAUUAUAAGGAUAAUAAAAAUAUAUAUAAUAUAGACAAUUCAAAUAAUUAUUAUCAAAGUAAUAAAAGAUUUAGUGAAAAUAAUAAACAUAAAUAUUUCCAUGCAAGUGAUGUUUGCUUGGAUUGUAUUAACACAGAACAAAGAAUUCAUUGUUAUAGAAUCGUUAUUUCUAUAUUUAUUUUCAUUUUAAAUCAUUCCAAGUGCAUAUCAGAAUAUUAUAAAUAUAUGAUGAAUGUGGGUUUAAAGAAUGAUGAUUUUAUAAAAAAUCAAGGUGCUACUAGUAAAAAAAAACAAACAAAAAAAAAACAUUCUGUACAUGUUGAUAUGAAUAAAAUGAAUGAAAAGGACUUUUAUGAGAAGGAUGAUAAUAAUUUUAUUGAAUCUAAAAAGAAUAAAUUAUUGAGUGAAGAAGAUUAUCAAGAUGAUGAUGCUAAUAAUUCAAAAGAUGGACAAAGCAAUAUAGGCUUAAAUAAUAAAAUGGGAGAUAUUAUAAUAUGCAGAAAUAAGGAAAGGAGGAAUAAUAAAUAUAUAUAUUCCUUUCAAUCAUGUUCAUGUGAAAAAUAUAUAUAUAAAUAUAACUCUCUAUGUAAUAACAAUGAAAUGGAUAAUAUAAAAAAAUUGAUGUAUUGCUUUCUAAUUAUGGUGAUAGAAAUUAAUUAUAUAUUAAAUAAGGAAAACAAAAGAUGUAAAAAUGGUAUAAUGAGAAACAAAGAUGGAGUAAAUAGAUUAAAUAAUAUAAGACAUGAUAAUAAUAAAUUAUAUGAUAAUAAUAAUAAAUUAUAUGAUAAUAAUAAAUUAUAUUAUAAUAAUAACAAAUUAUGUGAUAAUAAAAAUUUAUAUGAUAAUAAUAACAAAUUAUGUGAUGAUAAAUCAAAAAAUAUAAAUUCUCAUUAUAGUAUAUGUAAUGAUACCAAUUGGGCAUAUAAAUUAAAAUAUUUAGUAAAAAAUAUUAUUAGAAGAAUAUCUUUGAUAUUAGCAAAUCGUUAUAUACUAAGAAAGGAUUUAAAUUUAAUAUAUAUAAAAAAUCAUAAGAACGAAAUUGAUGUAUCUCAAUUUAUUUUAUGCAUGUGUAAUAUAAUUGAAUACGAUCCAAUGUUUAUAGAAAUGAAUGUAGAGUGUUUAAAUAUAUUUGAAAAAGUUAUAAAAAGUGUAUUAAAAGUUCAAGCUGUAAAUAUUAAGAAAUUUUUGAGAUCUGGAUUUUUUUGUGAUAUAUGUGAAUGUAUAUUAAAUAUAUGUCGAAAUAAUAAAAUGAAGAAGAAGAUUUUUGGCUUAUUAUUAUUUAUAAGAGUAUUAAGAAUUAUUCCACCUUAUUGGAUAGAAUAUAAUAUAUAUGAUAUGAUAGAUACUUUAUUAAAUUGUUAUGAGAAGAGUAAUAUAUUAAUAUAUGAUAAAAUAAUUCCACGUCUUAUUGAAGAAUGUUUUUGUUUAUUAUUAUCAUCUUUAUUUAUUGGAUAUGUUGGAGAUAUGAAUAUAUAUAUUUUAAAAAACAUGAUGCAAAACUAUGAGAAUAUAUAUUCUAUGGAUGAAGAGGAACAUAUAGAGGUUACUAAGGAUAAAAAUAUUUGUAAUACUGAGAGUAAGAAUUCUUAUAAUAAAUAUAAUAUAUGUGUAAAAAAAAUUGAAGAGGAUAAAUUAUUAAUGUAUGUAAAAAAUAAAAUAAUUAGAAAUAUAAAUUAUCGAAGUGAUUUAUUAAAUAUUCAUGUGAACAAAAGGUUGUUAAAUAAAAAUAAUAAUAUGUAUGAGUUGUGUGGCUACAAAAAGAUAUAUUUAAAGGGUUCAAAUUUUUGGUAUAAUAAUGAUGAAAUAUAUACAUGGAAUAUUUUAACUGGUAAAGAAAAAAAUAGAAGAAAUAAAAAAGAGAUAUUAAAAAUGAAUAGGGUGUUAUAUAAUAUAUUAAAUAUGUGUAUUAAGAGUUUAUAUAAAGACAACAACAAUAAUAAUAAUAUUAAUAUGAAUGGUGAUAAUAUUAAUAGUAAUAAUAUUAAUUAUUAUAACAGAGUAUUCAUAAAAAAGUGCUUUUUUAUAAUAUCCAAAAUAUUAGGAACUAAUAUUAAUGAUUUAAUUUUAAUGAAUAAUGAUAUAUAUGGAAUGAAAAAUAAAUUAUCCUUAGAAACAUUAUUAUUUAAAUAUUUUUGUAUAUCUAAUUUUAUAAAAUGUUCUUUAAAAUUAAAAAUAUCUUAUUUAGAUUAUUUAUGUAUUUUUUUAAAUGAAAAACCUAGUAUUAAAUUUGAUGAGAAUAUUAUUAGUAACAUAAUAGUUAUUGUUCUUAAUAUUAUUGAGCAUAUUGAAAAGAAGGAUCAGAAGAAAUAUAAAUAUACUUAUAAUAUUUCAAUGAAUAAUAAUAAAAGUAUAAAUAAUAAUAUGAAUUCAUAUAUACAAAGUGGAAAUACAAAUAAUUAUGCUUAUAAUAGUAUAUAUAUAGAUUUAAUGUAUGAUAAAGAAGAAAAUAUAGAUUACACUUAUAUGAAGCAGAACAAAAAAAAUGAUACUAAUAAGAGAAAUAUAUAUCAUUAUACUAUUAAUGAAAGAAAUGAUGAAUCACGUUUUUAUAAUAAGGAUGAUAACGAUUAUAUAAAAAAUGAGGACCUAUUUGUCGGUUCUCGAGUUCCUGAUCAAGAUAAUAAUAAUAAUAAUAAUAAUAAUAAUUUAUUAUCAGAUAAGAUGAGAAAAUAUAAUUAUAAUAAUGGAGAUGAAAAAAAUAUUUCAAGUAAGGAUAUAAUUUCAUCUUUUAAAAAUAAGGAUGAGCAAAAUGUUGUUGCUAUGGAUUUUAAAAAUGAUGAAAAAGAAAAGAAGGAUGAUAGAAAUAGUGUAAAUAAUUUUAAAGAUGAUAAAAAAAUAAAUAAGUUGUCUAAUUCUUAUUAUUCGAUAUAUUUUGAUAAUAAGCUAUUAGAUAGUACGAGGAAUAUUAAUUAUGAAGAGAUAAUAAAUAAAAAUAAAAGUAAGGAUAUGUCACAAAUAAAAAUAACAGAUAUGUUUUCAAACCAUAAGAAUAAAACUGACGAGAAUAAUGACAAGAUGUCGAUGAAUAUGCUUGCUCAAAGCUAUCCUGUCAUUAAUAAGAGGAAAUAUAAAAGUAGUACGUCAUUAAAUAAUAAGCGUGGAAGGAAGGCAAAAAAUAAAAAUAAUAAUAAUAAUAGUGAUAAUAAUAAUAAUGAGGAUAAUAAUAAUGAUGAUGUUGUAGAGAAAGACAUAAAAAGAAGGAGAGGAAAUACUACGACAAAUGAUAAAGAUAGAAAUAUUAUUAAUGAGGAUAAAGAUAAUUAUUCUAAGAAUGAUUACAAUACAAGAAAAUUAAAUAUUUCUAGAGCGUCAACAGAAGGAGGAUAUAAAAAAAAGUCUUUCUUUAGAAAUGCAAUAAAUAAAAUUACUAAUUAUUUUCAUUAUAAUUUAAAAGACAAAAUAAAUCUUAAAAAUGACGAUGAUGUAAAUGUAAAUGUAAAUGUAAAUGAAAAUAUAAAUGAAAAUAUAAAUGAAAAUAUAAAUGAAAAUAUAAAUGUAGGGAUAGAAAAUAAUUCGGACCUAUCCUUACUAAAUAAUAAUAACACUAAUAAUGAUAAAAAUUAUUGUAUUAAUAAAAAGGUUGGAAUUAAUAUAUCUGAUAAUAAAAUCAAUCAUGUAAAUAAUGUAAAUGAUCAGAAUGAUAACAAAAAUAUAUGCAAUAACAAAUAUAUGAAUGAAAUAAAAGGUUUAAAUAAUCAUAAUAGUUUUAAAGAAAGUCAGAAAAAAAUAGAAAAUAAUUAUGAUGACAGAAUGAAAGAUAAUGUGAACGAAGAAAGUUACAAUGAUGAUUAUCAAGAUGAUAAUUGUAAAAAAAAAAAGUUUAAUGAUGAUGUAGAUGAAGAAGAGAAUGAAUUAGUAGUGGAGAAAGAAAAAAAUGAUGAUGAAGAAGAUGAACAUAUUGUUAUUGAAUUUUUUUUAUAUUUUAUCAACUUGAUAAAAAUAUCAUUUCAACAUCCAUUAUAUAGAGAUCAUUUAUUAUCAAUAAAUAUAAAAAUAAAUAAAAAGAGUGUAUCAUUAUAUUAUCGAUGUAUUGAAGUAUUAUUGAAUUUUUUAUUUAGCACACAUAGUAUGUUAUCCAAAAAAGCUGAAGAAACGUUGAAUAAUAUAAUAUAUAUACAUGAAAAGGAUAAAGAAAUAAUAAUAAAGCCGCAAGAGAGUAUGAAAAUAUUGAAACGUUAUGAUGAUAAUAUUUAUGUAUUAACCAAACGAGGUAAUAGAAAUAAUAAAAAGGUUGACUUGAGAAAAAGCGUUCCAACAUAUAAUGUUACAAGUAAGGAAUAUGACAUAUGUGAUAAGAUUGACAUGUGUGAUAAGAUUGAUAUGUGUGAUAAGAUUGAUAUGUGUGAUAAGAUUGAUAUGUGUGAUAAGAAUGACAUAUUUAAUAAGAAUGACAUAUUUAAUAAGAAUGACAUAUUUAAUAAGAAUGACAAAUAUGAUCUGUAUGAUAAGAGUAUAUAUAAAACCAACAUAAGUCAUAAAUUUAUUUAUAAAAAAAAAAAUAAUAUAUCCAUAGAUAGAGGAAUUAUAAAAAAUUCUCAUAAAAAUCCUAAUUAUAAAAGUAUUAAUAUAUAUAAAAACAAUAUGAAUACUACUAAAUUAAAUAAGAAAGAUUUAAAAAUAUAUUUAAAAGGAUUGUUAUGUAAUUUAUCUUAUGUUUUAAAAAAUAAAUCACAUAUAUUAAAAGGUAAUUAUAUUAUUGGUCUAAGUAAAAUUUAUUGCUUAUUUCCAGAUUUAUUUUCUUCUUUUUUAAUUGAAGGUUUUAUAAAAUAUAUAAAAUUAUUUUAUGAGCGUAUUGAUGAUAAUCCGAUGUGUUAUAAAAAUAUGGAGCACAUCAUAAUUAUAUUUAAUAGAUUUUUUGUCAUUCCUAAAUUAUCAUAUGAUCAAUUUAAAGAAAUCAUUCAUUUGUUAUUACGUCUAUAUGAAAAAGACAAGAAAGGGUUCUGCAAUAACAGAAUUGGUGGCAUAAACAAUUAUAAUCAUUUUUUAAAUAAUAUAUGGAGUGAAGAAAAGAAGAUGAAAGAGAAAGAUAAUAUUAUUAUAAAAGAUAUAGGACUUGCAAAUAUGACAGCGUUAGAGAAUUCUUUUCUUGAAAAAGGUUUUAAAUCAAAUACAAAACAGUCUUUAAUUACAAGUUAUUUUGAUAUUGAUAGAAAGGUUAGUAAGAAUAUAAAAGAUGAAGAAAUAAAUAAGAAGAAUAAUAUAAAUAUUAAUAAGAAAGAUAAAAAUAUGUUAGAUACUAUUGAUAUGUAUUAUAAUAAUGAAAAGGAUAUAUAUGAGAAUAAUAUAAAUGGUUUGAAAAGAACAAGAAAAGAAGAAAAAGAUAUUCUUGAGUAUUAUAUAUGUCCUAAUAAUAAUAGUUUAUGUUUAAAUAAUUUAUAUAUAUAUAGUUUAAGUUUGUUAUGUUGUAAAAAUUAUGAGCAUUGUUAUAAAUAUUUUCUAUAUCAUCGUAAUAAUGAAAAUAUCUUUUCUUUAUUUAUAUCAUUAUUAAAUAAUAAGAAAAUGAUAGAUCUAAGAAGAUAUGUCUGUAAAAAGUCGCAUUCGUUGAUAAAUAUUCUAUUAAGAUAUAUAUCAGAAAUGGUUAGUAAUAAUAUAUAUAUUUUUUUUUAUAAUAUAUUUAGUAUAUAUAUAGUUAAUGUGCAUGAUGACGAUAUGCGAGACAUUAUAGGUUAUGACUACAAUAAGUUUAGAGAUUAUAUAAAUAAAAAGUUUUAUGAUAAUAGGAAUAGUGAAAAUAAUGUGAAUAAUUUAUAUGGUGGGUUAUAUUUACCUAUGAAUGAAGAUAUGGGUGUGAAUAUAAAAAACCCUACAAAUUAUGAUAAAAAGAAAAUGGAAGAGCAUAUAAAUGUAAAUAAAAAUAUAAAUAAAAAUAUAAAUGAAAAUAUAAAUGAAAAUAUAAAUGAAAAUAAUAAUUUACAUAAUAAUCAUAAAAAAGAUAUUUCUUAUAAUAAUGUUGCUAUUGCCCCUGUUAGUAAGAUCCCCUUUUUUAAUAACCUGAGUAAUGUAAUAAAUAUAUUACAUACUUUAUUAAAAUAUAAUUCUUCAUUUAUUUUUUUAAAUUUUUAUGAGGAGAGAAUUAAAAAAAAUAAAAUAUGUCUCAUUGAGAUCUUGUAUAUAUGUAUUUGUUUUAUGAUAACUGAAUAUAUCAACUUGAAAAAUAAAAACUUUUUAUAUUUUGUCAAUGAUCAGAUGUGUAAAAGGUGUGUUAAGAUAUUUAUAAUAUUUUUUCAUUAUUCAAAAGAUUUAAUUCACCAUCUAAGGAGCAAAAUUGUAAAUGGCAAUGAUAAUAUAAAUAUUAAUAAUGAGGAUAUAAAAAAUAUGAAUACGUUUCCUUUUAAUAUUAAAAAUGAGAAAGAAUCUAUUUUUGACGAUAAUAAGAAUAAUGAUGAGAAUAUAAAAAAUAAAAAGAUAUUUGAUAAUAUGGAAUAUAAUAAAAAUUUGUUUUAUUUUAGAACGAAUAUAUUUAUUAUAUUUAAUUUUAUAUUAUGUGUAGAAAAAAAAAGUAUUAAUUAUUCUUAUUUAGAAAGAUUUUUUAAAAAGCAUGCUAUAAAAAGUUUGCUAUAUAGAGAAAAGAGAUAUAUAUUUUUUAAAUUAAUAGAAAUAUUACGUAUAUGUAAUUUGUCUGCAUUUGAUAGAUUUUAUGAAGCAUCUAUAUCAUUUUUAAUUCUGCCUAUGUUGAAGGAAUAUGUUGAAUCAAGUGCAGGUUCACACUAUAUGAAUCUGAGACAAAAGAUAAGUGAUAAAACAAAUGAUAAGAUGAGUCGAUUAAAUAAUAAACAUUUUGAUGAAACAAAUUUUUGUGAUGAAAUAAAUCAGACUAAUGAUAGUAAUAUUUUCAUGUUUUUGAGCACCAAAUUGUUUUCUCAUGCUACAAUAAAUUGUAGUGUAAGCAUAAAUAUGGAUAGACGUAUGAGUUGUAAGAGUGACAUGUCGAGUCCGACAAAUGAAUAUAAUAAUAUGGGAGUUGGAAUUUUAAAUGGCAUAAACGAUAAAUCAAAUAAUAAUAAUAAUAAUAAUAAUAUUAAUAGUAAUAUUAUUAAUAAUAAUAAAAAUGUUGUAAGAACAUAUCAAACUAGUGAUUCUCUUAAUUAUAAAGAUAUGAAUUACAGGCGAAGUCUUAAUAACGAUAAGAAGAGUAUAUAUACACAUAAUUAUAAUAAUAAAAUAUAUGGACCUAUAAGAAAUUUACUAAAUUGUAGUUUCAUACACAAUAUAAAUGAUAUUAGUAGUGGUUUUAAUAAUAAUAUAAAGAGUUCUUAUUGUUUAUUUUAUUUAUAUUAUUAUAAAGAGAAGAAUCAUUUUAAGACCUAUCCGAUAUAUAAUAAUAAAUAUAAUAGUUUAUUUUUAUAUAUAGAAGAAAUAAUGUAUGUCUUAAAAUCUAUAUUGAAUUAUAGAUCUAACUAUAAUGAUAUAGUUGUGAGGAAAAAAUUAAUUAUUUGUAAUAUAUUUAUUGAUAUAAUCAAAAAGGUUAAAAGUAAAAGGCAUAGACAUUUGAUAUUUAAAUAUAUUGAAAGAGAGAAUAAUAAAUAUAUAUUAUAUCGUGUAGGAGAUAUUAAAAAAUUAUGUAUAAAGAAUAUAAUAAAUAUAUAUAAAUAUAAUAUUAAUAAAUAUAAUAGUAAUAUAAUCCUAAGUAUAUUAUAUAAUAUAUUAAUAGAUUCACACCAUAAGGAAUAUAUAAAACUAACAAAGCACAACAUGAAAGAAAUAUUCAAAAUGAUCAUAAAAAAUAAUAAUAAUAAUAAUAAUAAUAAUAAUAUGUUGAGAAAAAAAUAUAUGUGCAUAAAUUUUAUAAGAAAAUAUUAUAUGAGUUAUAUAUAUCAUAAUAAUUAUAUAAUAAAAGAUAUAUUAUAUAACACAAAUAAUUAUAAUAAUAAUAAUUAUUAUUAUUAUAUUUAUUAUAGUAAUGGUGUUAUUUAUAAUUAUCUACCCCUUUUUAAUAAUAAAAAAAAUGUAAUUGCUCAUGCAGAUAUAAUAAAAAAUUAUAAAAGUAUCUUUAUUAAUUGUAUUAAGAAAGAAAAAAAUAUAAAUAAAAAAAUAGACAUGAUAAAAAUUAUAUUUAAAUAUAAAUAUGACUUUUUUAAUUUUUAUCCUUAUAUUAUAAAUAUUAUAUUUAAUAUUUUAAAGAGUAAAGAUUUUUUUAUAUGUAAUGAUAAAAUAAAUACGUAUAGUUCAAAUAAAAGAAUAAAUUUUUUUAUAAAAUGUUUGAAUAGUAUUAUUGAUUUUAUAAAAUUCAAUAUGUUGGUUAAUUCUGUAAAUUAUUUAUUCUCAAUAAAUGAUGAUAAUAUAAUUUUAAAAAAAAAUAUAGCAUGUUGUGAUAAUAAUGAAGAGGAAUUAAUCCUAAUGGGUUCAGCAACAACAGAGGAUAUUAAAUACAACCAUAUAUAUAAUAAAUUAUGUGACAAAAAAAAAGAAACAAAGGGUGAUACUGUUUGUGAUGAUAUAUAUAAUGGUGUAUGUAAUGAUAAUAAUAAUAUGAACGAAAAAAAAAAGACUAUGCAUAAUAAUAAAUAUAUUUUUGAUAUAAAAAAUGAAGGAAAACAAGAUGAAAGAAAUAUUAAAAAUUUUGAAUCAGAUAGUAAGAAUAAUACAACAUAUUCUUAUGACAAAAAUUAUAAUGUGAUGAUAGACUUAAAAAAGAAAAUAUUAAACUAUUAUAUGAUAAACAUAAAAAAAAAAAAUAAUAAUAAUAAAAAAAAAAAUAAUAAUAAUAAUAAUAAUAAAAAUGGUGAGUAUUUUAUUAUAUCUAUUUUUAAUAUAUUAAAAAAAUAUGAUAAUAUCUAUGUAGAUUAUGAUUUGAUAAGUAUAUUAUUUAAUUUUAUUAUAUGUAGUUUAAUAAAACAUUCGAUUGAAUUUUCAACAUAUGGUGGAACAAAUAAAUGUAUUUCUAUUCUUAUAAACUUAUUAAAAGCAAAUGUAAAUAUAAACGUUAAAUAUAUGAAUAUAUAUGGUGUGUUAGCAUGUAUAUUAUUUCCUUUUGAGUUUAUAAAAAAUAAUAAUUUAAAAAAAAAAAAAAAUAAUAAUAAAAAGAAUAAAUAUUGUAUCAAACAAAAUAUAGGUGGUUCAAGUGAAUAUCUAAAUAAAGAAAAAGAAAAAAAUAAAAUGGAUACUAAUAAAAAUAAUAAUAUUAUAAAUAAGAAACAUAAUAUAUAUAAUUUUUAUGAUACUACAUAUAUGAAAAAAUCAUACAUGAGGAAUAAAAAUUUAUAUAGAAAGAGUAACAUAUAUGAUAGCAAUAUAUUUAUGUUGAAUGAUUAUAGUAAUAGAUCAUGUUUUGAAUAUAUAAAUAUUUAUAAUUUAAAUGUAAUUGAAUGUAUAAGUAAAAUAUUAUACAUAUUAAUUUUAUAUGAGAGUAAAGAAAACAUUUCUAAAAAUUUACAUAUGAUAACAUGUAUAUUCUUUUUAUUAAUAAAUAUUAAAAGUAAUAUUAAAAAAAAAGAAAAUGGUUUAGUCUUUAAUUUAUUAACUCAUAUGAUAUUAAGGCAUCAUUUUUUUGUGUCUAAUGUAGAUAAUUUAUUGAGUAAUAUAAUAAAAAGAAAAAAUAAUAUAAAUGAAAAUAUAAAUGAAAAUAUAAAUGAAAAUAUAAAUGAAAAUAUAAAUGAUAAUAUAAAUGAUAAUAUAAAUGAUAAUAAUAUAUGCAGUUAUAUAUAUGAUAAUAAUAUAUGCAGUUAUAUAUAUGAUGAGGAUAAAGAAAAUGUAGAUGUGAAUAAAAAAAUAAUACAUUUACAUAACAUGUUAAUUAUUCUAUGUAUUAAAGGAAUGAAAGACUAUAAAAAAGAAGGAAAAAAACAAAAAAAUAUAAUAUAUUGUAAUGAGAACAUAAUGUUUACUAUAAAAUUAGAAACAAGUGUAUCUAUCUUAGAGAUAUUAAUUCAUUUGUGUAAUAAAAAUGAAUGUGUUUAUAAAGAUGUAGUUAUAUAUCUUUUAUUAAAAUUUAUUAAGAAAUUAGAGAAGCUAGCAGAAUAUUAUUUAUCAUACAGAUCAAAAAGAAAAAGACAUAACAAUAUUGAUAAUAAUAUGAAUUAUUAUGUUUAUGUUCUUAAGAAAUUAUUAUUUUUAAUCCAUACAAAUAUAUAUCUUCUUAGUAGAGAAUAUAUAUUAAAAUUUUUUAAUAUACUACAAAAUAUUAUAAAAACAGAAGGAAUAAAGAAAAGACAUUAUAAUUUUUAUUUAUUUAUAUUAAAUAUAUUUGAAUGUCACAUAGUAAAAGAUAAUUAUAUAAAUAUAGUAAAUUGUCAUUAUAAAAAUAUUUUAUAUAAUGAAGAAAAGUUAUAUAAUUCUUUAUUAUGUAUAUAUAAAGAAUUUAAAAGUAAGAAUGCAAUAAAGAGUCGUAAUAAAAAAGUAAUUCAAUUAUUUGAUAGAAUUAAGAUGAAUGGAUAUAUUUAUGAAAAUUAUAUUAAAUAUAUAAAUAGAAAUUAUAAUAACAAAAAAUAUUAUUUACUAGAUAGUUAUAAUAAUUAUAAAAAAUCUUCAAAUUAUAUUUUUUGUAUGGAUAGAUUAAUAUAUAAAAAGAAAAGAAGAACAAUGGGCAAAAUAUUGAGAGAUAUAAAGAAGAAAUAUUAUUUAAAUGAAUUUAUAAAGAAAGAUAUAAUAAUUAAAAAAUCUGGUUAUUAUAAAAUAUUAAAUAUAAAUAUGUUAGAUAAAAUGAAUAAACAUUUUAAUAACAAUGUUGAUAUAUAUAAUAGUAGAGCUAAGAAAGAUACUAUUACUAGUCUAGAUACAGAUGAUAGUUUGAGAAAAUAUAUGCAUGAAAAAAAAAAAAAAAAAAAAAAUUGUCAACAUAUAAAUAAAAAGGAUUGUCAACAAGUGCAAACAAAAUUGUAUGACAAUAUAAAAGAUAAUAUAAAAAAUUUUAAAUAUAUAAAUGAUCUACAAAAUAUUUACAAUUAUAAUCAUGUAAUAAACCAUCAUGAUAAUUCCAAACAAAAUAAUAAUACCUUGAAACAUAAUUCAUCUUGUUUUCAUAUAAGAAAUCAAAAUUUUAAUAAAAAUUAUUUUAAUAAAAUAUUAAAAAAAGAGAGUAAAAUAAAACGAAUUAAAAAGUGUAUGAAUACAUUUGAAUAUCUUUAUGAAAAGAAUAUUAUGGAAUCUUGUUUAUAUGAAGAAUUAUUUUAUGUUAUUAGUAAUGAAGAAAAUAUAAAAUUAAAAAGGUAUUCAUAUCCAUAUAUGUGUCAAAAUAAUACAUCUCAUAUUAAAAAUAUAUUACUAACAUGUGAAGAAAAAGCGGAAAUAUUAAAAGGAUUAAUUGUAUUUGAUUAUAUGAAUGAUUAUUGUUGUUAUAUAAAAUAUUAUGAUAUUUUAUUAAGUUUUCUUAAAGAAGAAAGAAAAAGAAAUAUAAUAAAAAAAAAUAAUAUAGAAAAUGUAAUGAAUAAAACAAUAUAUAUUUUAUUACCAAAUAUUUUAAGAGGAAUAUUUUCAUGGUUUCCAUCUAUUCAAUAUACAUGCACACAAAUAUUUAAAAAAUAUUUCUUAUGUAAUAAUAAUUUAUUGGGAUGUAUAUAUUUCUUAUUUAAUAAUGAAUAUUAUAAAUAUAUUAUAGAUAAAUAUUUUAUAUCUUUAUGGAUCAAUGUUUUAUUUUCAUUUUUUAAAAAAAAUAUGGAUGUGUAUGUAUCAAUACAGAAUAAGACGCAGGAAUUAAUCCCACAUAUAUGUCACAAUAAAAAUGGAAAAAAUAAAAAAUUAAAUAAAAAUAAAUGUGCAAAUGAAUCAUCAAAAAUAUAUGAACCUAAUCUUUAUGUGAACAGAAACAAAAUAUUUCCUUCUAAUUAUGAGAUAAAAAAAAAAAAAUUCAAUUUAAAAUUUUUUUUGUGGCAAAUGAAAUUAAAAAAAUAUUGUAUGGAACAGAAAAUAUUUAUUAAUAAAUGUAAAGAAAAAUUUGGAAAAUCUAAAUAUAUGUUUAAAUCAUUAUUAAAUAUAAUAAAUUCAUAUAAAAAAUAUUGUAGAUAUGUAUGGAUAGAAUUAUUUCCUCAGCUUGUUUACUCUUUGAAUAAGGAGGAAAUAAAAAUAUUGAAUAUGUCUUUGAUAGGAUUUAUAAAUAAUUAUAUACAAAUAUAUGAUACUUAUAAGUUGAAAAAAUGUAAUAUGGUUAGAAAAAACGAUUUUUUAAAAGACAUACCUUUUAAGAGUAAUUCGUGUGAUACAUAUAAAACAUAUAAAACAUAUAAAACAUAUGAUACAUAUAAUUCUUAUAAUUCUCAUAAUUCAUAUCAAAAUGAUAACAAUAUAAAUAUAUUAGAAACAGUGCUAACUAGUAUUCUAAAAAUUAAUAAGUUUAUUUUUAUACCUUAUGAAAUUAUUUUUUAUAGUUCCAAAAAUUUGGGGACAUAUCAAAUUUCUAGAUAUAUAUUGCAAGCAUAUUUAUACAAUAUUUUAAGAAAAGAAAAAAAUAUUAAUAAGAAUAAAAAAAUGAUACAACAAAGUAAUAAUGAUAACAAUAAAAAGAAGAGGAACAAUAUAUGGUUACAAAAUGAGGGAGACAUAAAUAUAAACCAUGAUAAUAAUUUUAAACAACUUGUUAAUUAUCUUAUCGAUAUUAAUAAUGAUUUGAAUUCAUAUGAUAAUAUAUAUGCAUUAAGAAAAUAUUAUAUUAAAAAUACACAAUUAGACAAAUUAAUAUUGAAUAACCAUCUUAGUGUUUAUUCUAAAAAUGAAUGUUUAUAUCUGAGUCAUUUUAUUAAUUCACAAAGUAUGAAAUUAACGAGAGAAGAAAUUAAUAUAUGUAAAGAAAGUUGGGUGGAUAAUUUAAAAUAUUUUAAUAAAACAUCUUGUAUACAAAAUUAUAUGAAUAUUAAUAAUAUAAAUGAAAAUAUGAAUAACUGUUAUAUGAUUCAAAAUUAUUUUAAUAAUACUUCAUAUAUACAAAAUAAAAGUGAUGAUAUUUUUAAUUGUAGUUAUAAAUAUGCAAGAAAUAAUUACUUGAAUAAUUUAAAUGAUAUAUAUAAUUUAAUAAAUGAUAAUAUAUAUAAUUUGGAUAGUCAUAAUAUAACACACAAACAAAACCAAAACAUAAACAAUAUAAACAAUAAUAAUAAUAAUAAUAUUUGUAGUAAUAAUAAUAAUAUUUGUAGUAAUAAUAAUAAUAUUUGUAGUAAUAAUAAUAAUAUUUGUAGUAAUAAUAAUAAUAUUUGUAGUAAUAUUUCUAGUCGUGGUCAUCAUUAUAAUAACUGUGAAAAUAUAAAAAAUCAGAAAAUAAAAAAAUCAAUUCAUGAUUAUUUUAAAAGUACAAACAAUACAAAUAUAAUAGAUAAUUCCUAUAAAAUGAAUGAAAAAAGAAAUCUCUUUGAUAAUAAUAAUAAUAAUUAUUAUAAUAAUAACCAUUUGCAUCAAACAAAUAAAAUACAUGAUCUAUCUUGUUUAAAUAAAAUUAACGACAAAUCUGAAAAAACUUUUGUGGAAAAACAUAAUUCAGAAUAUGCAAUCAUAAAUAAUAUAAUAAACAAGUUGUAUGAAAAAGAUUUUAAUUUAGUAGAUUAUAUGUAUGAUAAAGAAAAUAACACGAUGACAGAAACAAAUUUCAAAGACAAAAUAUUUUUUGAGAAGAAUCAAAAAUAUUCUAUACAUUUGAAUGAUACAAAUAAGAACCCAUUUUUAAAUAAUAAUUUUAAGUUUAAUAUUAGAAAAAAACAAAUUAACAACAUGCAAGAAAUUAUAAAUAAUGGUAUGCAUAACCUAGUUUAUAAUGUAAAAGAUUUAUUAAAUUGUAACAAAUAUGAUUCAUUGGAUCUGUUAUUUUUGCAUUCACAAAUAUUUGAACAAGCUCAUAGAAGUAUAGAGAUAAUAAGGGAUGAUGUUGUUAUUGAAGAAAAAUAUGUGAGAAAAAAAAAGAAGGAAACAAAAUUAUUAAGCUUAUUAGAUAAUUUGUGUAAUAUAUCUAAAAAACAGGAAGCUCUUUUUUUUUAUGACAACGAUAUAGAUAAUUUAAAAUACGUAGAAAUGUGGAAAAAAACAUUUUUAAAAAUAUAUCAAAUGAUAUCAAAUAAUGAAAUAGAAAGGAAAAAAAACAAUCAAAAUUUUAAUAAUAAUAAUAAUGAUAUUUGUGAUAAUCCAUAUUUUUAUCAUCCACACCUUAUUAACAAUUCCUAUGUUAAUAGAUAUGAUCAUUUUGCUCAUUAUGAAUAUUUAGAAAAUGACAAAACAUAUAUCCUAAUAAAUUUAAUAAAGAACAUGAGAGAAAAAAACCAAUUGUCAUAUAAUUAUUUUGACAAAAUAUAUGAAAGCUUUGUAAAUUAUAAUAAUAAAAAAUUCUGUACUAAAAAUAAUUAUAUAUAUAACCUUGAGAUAAUAAAAAUGAAUUUAAGAAAAUUAAUAAAUGGUAACAACUGUGCAGAGAUAAUAUUAAACAAUGGGCAAUUUAAUAAUGUGAAUUAUAAUAUUGCUGAGAAAUUAUUAGAUAGAUAUAGUACUAUGUGUGAUGAAGUCGAAUUAUUAAAUGAUAAAAAAAAUAACAACAAAAAAGAGAAGAAAGUAAAAAUAUCACAGGAAGAUAACUAUUUUUAUAUUAAAAAUAUGGAACGUGAAUAUUUUAAUAUAUGUAUUAAUUUAAAAAAAUUUAAAAAAAAUAAAUUCCUUCUCAAAGUUAUAAAAAAAAUUAAGUGUUAUAUAAAUUCAUUAAAUAUAAUCAACAAUUUUAAUUUUGAUACUAUACGAAUGGUAGGUUAUGAGAAAUUUAGAAGUGAAUUUUUUUAUAUAAAAGGAAAAAUAUUAUCUAAUCUCAACCAAAUCAUUAUAUUUUUAUAUAAAAAUAAUUUUAUAGAAAUGAAUCAUAAAAAUACUCCUAAUGCAUGUACAGGUCAAUGUAUUCAUAAGGAUGUUAUAUUUAAUCAAAACGAUUAUUUAAAUAUAAAAAAGAAUGUAUUUACAAAAGAAAAUAUUAAUUCAAAUAGGAAUAUAAUUAAGAACAUUUCGUGUGAUGUAGAAAAAUAUGAACCUCCAAACAAUCAUAUGAUAGACAAUAUUAAGACUGAGGUAGGUAAUAAUAAUAUUAGACCCCCGAAAAAAAAAGAGAAGCUUCAAAAUAUUGAUAUAAUGAUAGACGAACAGAAUAAUGAUACUAAUGUUAAAAAAAAAAGAAGGUAUAAUAAGAAAAUGUCUAUUAACAAAGAAAUGCAAAAUGUGCAGAAUAAUAUUGUAUUAUCAAAUAUAAAUAAUAGUACAGAGAAAGAAAAUAAUAUGAAACACAAUAAUAAUGAUAAUAAUCCUUUAAAUAACAAUAAUAUUGAAACACCUAAUGUUGAGAAUAAUAAAUGUUGUUACAUGAUUGGUGCUGAUAAUUGUAAGAAUAGUGAAAAAAAGAAUGUUAAGAAAGAAAAAAAAAAAAAAAUAGAAAUGAAAUUAAAUUCUGAUUAUUCAUGUAAUUGUAAUAUGAAACAAAUAAAACAUUUUGAUAGUGAUUUGAUUGAAGAAUGUUUCCUUUCAUCAUUAAAAAUUUAUCCUUUAGAAAAUAAUUCAUGGGUUAUAUGGGGAGAUUAUUGUAAUAAAUUAUUCAAAGAAAGUGAAAAUACUACAUUUUGCUUAAGUUCGAUAAUUUGUUAUUUAAUUUAUUCAAGUUUAAAUAUUAACAAAGGCUAUUAUUAUAUGAGUAACGUAUUACAUAUGUUAAAUUAUGAUACAAAAGAUAAUAGUAUAUUUCAAGUUUUUAAUAAAUAUAAUGAAAGUAUAUGUCCAAAUAUAUGGCUCUUUUAUUAUCCCUUUUUAAUAAACAAUAUUAACGUAAAUAAAAAGAACUAUUUAUAUUUCCAUAAAAUUUUUUAUAUAUUAAUGCGAAAUUUUCCGCAGGAUAUUUUUUAUGAUUUUAGAACAAUUCAUAUUUAUAGAAAAAAAAAAUUAUAUCAAUUAAAUGAAAUAAAAAAUAAAAGAGAUAAUAAUGUGGAUAAGUCUCUUUAUGACACUUGUCAUGAUAUUCUCAAAAGUAAAAAUGGAAUUAAAUUUAAAAACGAAGAAAAUAAUAAUAAUAUUAAUAAUAGCAUAUUACAGUUGAACGAAAAAAAUUCUGAACGUGUUCAGAAUAUUUCUAGCAUGUACAAUUUUGAAAUUGGCUGUAAAGAAAAAAUGGCUAGCUCUGUAAAAAUUAAUUUGAACCAAGGAAAAGAUAAAGACAAUGUUUUGUUAGCCCUUGAUAAUAUAAAUAAUAAUAAUAAUAAUAAUAAUAAUGAUAGUAAUAGUAAUAGUAAUAUUAAUAGUAAUAGUAAUAAGAAUAAGUAUAAUAUUUAUGAUUAUAAAAAUGAUGAAGAUAAUAAUGGUUGUGCUUCUUAUCAAACUAGCAAUGAUAUAAAAAAUAAUAAAUAUACUUAUCAAUAUGCGGAUAUAUAUAUAGAUGGUUUUGAUCAAUUAAUAAGUGUAUUUAAAAAUAAAUAUUCUGAGGUUUUCUUUUCAUUAGAUUACAUGUGUAAUAAAAUAUUAAAUUAUAACAAAUUCGAAGCUUUUGAAGAAACGUACCAUUUUAUAAAUAAAUUGUUUCAUAAUUGUAUGGACAUUGGCAACUCCGAAAUACAUAUAAACGAAAUUAUGCACAAUGUAAUGAACAAUGUAAUGAACAAUGUUUUGUAUAAACGAUAUAAGAAAAAAUUGAAAAAGAAUAAAAAUAUGUAUAAUAGGAAAUAUAAAAAUGUUGUUAAAAAUAUGAAUAAGUUUUGGAAGGAAUUUAAAAAGGAUAUAAAAUUUUUAAAAAAAAAUGGAUGUAUUGAAAAAUUGAACACAACAAAAAUGAAAAAUAAAAAAAAUUAUAUACAAAAUAAAGAGAUUGAUAAUAUUAGUGUUAUAAAUGAAUAUUCAAAAAAUAUUUUAUCAAUGGAUAAUAAUUCUCGUUUUAUGUUAUCAUAUUUUAUAUCCUUUUUAAAAAAAUGGAAAUAUAUGUUAUCUAUAUAUUUAUCACAAUUAAUUGAAACACAAUAUUUAGAAGAUUGUUCUUAUACCUUAUGUGAUGCAUUACACAAAUUUGAUAUUCCUAUUGAAUUGCCAAAACAGAGAUUGAAAUAUAUUGGAGAAUAUUUAAAUUAUCAUUAUAAUUUAAAUACAUUUUCUCCUUCCAAAAUUAUUAAGGUAAAUUCUUCAGUAACAUAUAAUAUGUCAAAUAAUUAUAUUUUAAAAAAAGUUAGUUUUUUAACAAGCGAUGGAAAUAUUUAUUAUUAUACACAACAACCACGCAAUUAUGUAAGGAAUAAAUCUGAGCAUAAAUUUAUGUUAUUCCAAGUGUUAUUAAAUAAUAUAUUCUUUAAUUAUUCACAAACUAAAAAGAGGGGCUUAUCUUUUAAAAUAAAAUUUAAUACACAAAUACAUCCAUGUAUUAUAUUAAAGGAACAACCCAAGGAUGAUAUUACCCUACAUCAAAUUUAUAGUGAAUAUAUUUCUGUUAUGAAAAGUGAAAAAUAUUCUAUGGAUAAUAUAAUGUUACAUCACCGAAAUAUGGUUCAAAGUUCUCUUCACAAGUUAUUAUUAAAAGAAAUAGAAAAUAAAUUAAAAUGUGAAGAAAAGAAUAUGCAUAUGUCUAUUCAUGAUGGUGUGCAACUCAAAAAUGAUAUUACAUGUUUUACAAGAAGGGAAGAUCAAGACAUACAUACACACAACAACAACAUGAUAAAUAAUAAUGACAAUAAUAAUAAUAAUAAUAAUUAUAGUAAGGGCGAAUAUAAUACCGUUUUGAAAAUGCUCCCGUGCCAAAACGAUUUAGUAGGUGAGACAAAAACCUCCAACAGAGAAAAUCUUAAUAUUAAUGCUAAUAUUCCUUCAAAUAAUAAAAUAGAUAUAUCAAAUUUUGAAUAUUAUUGUUCUUUAACAUAUGAAGAAUUAAUAAAAUAUUUUUGCAAUGAAGAAUGGUUUUAUAAAAUUUUGAAAAAAUGUGAAAAAAAAAGCUUAAGAAAAAGUUUUAACACCAUAUGCAAAAUGAUACCCAAUGAUAUUUUGAAAAAUUAUUUUUUUUCUAUACAUAAUAAUAUACAAAAUUAUAGCAUUUUCCAUGAUCAAUUUGUGAAAAAUUAUUCUAUAUUGUGCAUGUUGAAUUAUGUAUUUUUUCAACUUAAUACUAAUUUAGAGAAUAUAGUUAUAUCCAAAUGUUCAGGCAGAUCAGCGUAUUUUGAAGGAAGAGCAUUAUAUAAAGAUUUUAGCAUUAAAAAAGAUAUAAAUAGAAAAAAAAUAGCAUUCAGAUUAACAAGAAAUAUAAAAGAAUUUAUUGGAUAUCAAGGAUUACAUGGAAGUUUUCCUUUAUGUUUUUAUUCAUCCAUUAUGGCUAUUAAAAAGAAAAAAAUGGAAAUAAAAAACUUUCUGAAUCUAGCUAUUUCGGAUGAUUUUUUUACCUUACAUGUUCAGAAAAAAAAUAGAAAUUUCAUGGAAAAAAAUAAAGGUAGAAUUAAAUAUAAAUAUAUAUACGAAAAUAGAGAUAAAAAAGAAAAUGAUAAUGAAAUGAAUAAAGACAUAUUAAUAAAUGAAUAUAUAAAGUGUUUACAUAUUGACGAUAUAGAAAAACGAAAUAUAUUAAAAAAUGCUGAAAAUUAUGUUAGUACAAUAUUUGGUCGUGUGCAAUUUUUAUAUAAAAAUAAAUUAGAAAAAAGGAAAGCUGAUAAUAGAUUAAAAUCAAAUGAAAAGUCCAACAUAAAUGUGUACGAAUAUUUUUCGGAUUUACAAGACAUAACAUCGUUAUCAGAAAUGUCAUCUGACAAUAAUAAUGAAUAUUUAAAUUAUGAUGAAGUUGAUAAGAAGAGGGUUCAAAACGGUGGAACACGUGAAUAUAAAAGGAAGAAAAAAGAUAAUAUUGUGCAACAACAAACAGUAAAAGAGGAAAAAGAAAUAAAUGAAAAUAUGGAAAAUUUGCAAGAUAUACAUAUAAGAGAUAUGAAUGAAGAAAAUAAUAAAAUAAAAGAAUGUACCAAUAAUAUUACCAAUGAGGUUGUAGUAAUUAAUUCGUUUAAUAAUAAUAAUAAUGAUAGAAUUAACCAAAUGAUUGAUAUGCCAAAAAAUAUAGAAGGAAUAAAAGAAAUAAAGCAUGGAGAAAAUAAUUCUUGUAAUAAUAAAGGAAAAAGGAAGUAUAAGAAAAAUAUAACUAUUGCAUAUAAUGAUAUGGAACUUAAGAAUGUUCAUGAGUUAUUAGAACAGAAGGCAUUAGAAAAUAUAAGAAAUCAAAAAAAGAAUGGAAAAUACAUUAUUGAACAUGAAAAAAAUGAAGAAGGAAUAGAAAAGGACGAAAACAUCUAUAAUAAAUAUAAGUAUGUAAAAAAUUAUGAAAAUAAUAAAUAUAACGAUGAAGAAAAAAAUAUGAAAUAUAAGAAGAUAAAAAAUAUAUCUGUAGAUGAUAUAAAUAAAUCUGUAGUUGAUCUUAUGGAAAUGUCUAUGAAUAAAAAGAAUUUAAAAAAUGCAAAAAGAACAUGGUUUCCAUGGUUUUAA